AUGCCGAAACAAGAGUUUGAAGUUCUUGAUUACUGCGGGCCAUUGGUCGUCGGAUUUUUGUUCUGUAUUGCACUUUUUGUUAUUUCAUUCUUCAUUAUCAACUUCUUCUGCAUCACCAAGUAUGAUGAUAUAACCAAAUUCGAAGUGGUGAGUUUGGGAACAUAAACAUUUUUUUUAAUAAAUUGAUAUGGGAUUUGAUUUUGUUUUGUGGAUUUUUGUUGAAAUCCAUUGUUUCAACUGAAAAUUGAAUUUCACAGUUUCUAUUGUUUUUGCUGUGUGAUGAAUGUUAUCAUCUAAAAAUGUGCAUUACUGAACGUCUGAUGUGAGAAAUGCUUCAAUAAUGAAAAUUUCAGAACUUUUUAUAAAAUUGAAUAUUUUGAUAAAAAUAAUUUCUAAAAAUUGCAAUGAUGUUGGAUAGCUUUAGAAAAAAAAAAGAAAAUUUCAAUGAUUAUUUUUAACAUUCAAAAUAGUUCUGCGAAAUUACAGUAUUUUCUGAACAAUAAAAAUCCAUAGACUUUUUUUGAAUAGUUGUUUUUCAGUUUGGUGGAAAACACAACAUUCGUCUUGGACCACACUCAUUGGUUGUUGUCCGUAAAGGAGGAUUCAUUUCCACUGAAGAACAAUCUGAAAAUGAAUAA